AUGUCAUCGUCGGCGCACGCUCGUAACCCGCCGGACGAUUUGAAAUCUGAUCCUCCUGAUCGCGACACCUUCGAGUUCACAACGAUGCAUAAGGCGCCCUCUCCUCUUCUGGAAAACGCCCAUAGCGGUCGGGCGGAGGAUAACCUUGCGGAGCUCAAAUCGGCAAUGACGCCGGGGGCGGUGAGUUUCAGGGAUAUACUUGAUCGGAAUCGGCCUCAUAUUGACUUGGUUUCCGAUGAUGAGGGGGAAGAUACAUUGGAUGAUGUGAUUGUUGACCGCCAAGGACCGUUACCGGAUAUUCGCUUCAAACCUAGCUUUUAUGAGACUUUGCUUCUUUCUUGGAGAAACGUAGUGGUCGUGAAGGUGAUGGGAGCAGCUUUUUCUCAUUCACUCUUAUAUAACAAGCUGUGUGUGAUGUGGCCUUUUAUGAGUGGGUGUGACAUGGUUGACUUGGAGAAUGGUUAUUUUCAGAUUAGCUUAUGCUGA